AUGCUGCCGACAGUGGAGGAGAGUCGAGGCUACGACUUCCAGGACCCGGAUAAUGCAGAAAAAUGGCGGGGGUUGUUCGUCAACUCGCUUCGCAAGGUCUUGGAGCAAGUGCAUCCAACAUUAACAGCUGAGGAGAGUGCGCUUGAAUAUGUUGAGUCACUGUGUCUACGGUUGCUGGCAAUGCUCUGUGCAGUCCCUUCACCACUCACCGUCCAGGAUGUUGAAGAACGAGUGGCUAGAACUUUCCCAACACCCUUGGACAAAUGGGCACUGGUGGAUGCACGCGAAGCUGCAACAAGCCGUCGCCGUCGGCUGCAUUUACCACUUGACAAGCUUCACCAUCUACUACAAAAAGAGGUCCUUCUUUACAAGAUCGACACAUCAGUGUCAGUAUUCAUGACAGCGGUUCUCGAAUAUGUGAGCGGCGACAUAUUAAAACUAGCUGGCACAUUUGUGAAGAAAAUCUCACAGAAAUCUGGCUACCAGACUAUAACAUGCAGUGAUAUAAAGACGGCUAUGUGUGCAGAUAAAGUGCUGAUGGACAUGUUCUACCAAGAACCAGAGCUGCUGGCGGCGGGCGCGGCGGGCGAGCGGCGCGGGCGACGCGGCUCGCUCACGUACGCGGAGCUAGUGCGCGACCUGCUGGCCGAUGAGCGCCACUUCCUGCGCGACCUGCACCUCAUCAUACGCGUGUUCAAGGACGAGCUCGAGAAGAUCCUCGAGCGUGACAGCCGGGCAAUAUCAUUAAUAUUCGGGAACAUAGUUGAUAUUUACGAGCUGACUGUGACUCUGCUUGGUAACCUAGAGGAUGCAAUGGAAAUGUCACAAGAUUCGCUAACUCCAUACAUCGGCAGCUGUUUCGAAGAGCUGGCUGAAGUAGAAGAGUUCCGUGCAUAUGUCCGCUAUGCAAAUAUUGUAACGCGUAAAGAAUCGCGAGAGGCGUUACAAAAUAUAGUGGAUGAUCCAGUGUUAUCAGAGAGGUUAGACACGGCGGGUCACGGUUUUCGGCUAGCCGUCAAGUAUUAUCUGCCAAAACUGCUUCUUGCACCUGUAGCCCAUGUGUUUCUCUAUCAUAAUUAUGUACUUGCGUUGUUACAAAUUGCACCGGCUUCGGAAGAUCGGGAGAGUUUCAAACAGGUUGAAUGCAAUCUUCAUCCAAUAAAGAAAUUGUUAAUAAAAGCUCUCGGAAAUGGACCAAAGAUGGAAGCAACAUUACGUACGGCGGCGAGAGCGAGACGGCAACUCGCGAUAGAGAAGUGCAAUGAGUUAGCGCGGCUGGUCGACAACUGGGAUAACCGCGACGUGGGACAAUGGUGCAAUGAGUUCAUACGAGAGGAUACACUUUCGAAGAUAGGCCCAGGAAAACGGAUAGCAGAGCGUCGGGCGUAUCUCUUUGAUGGUUUACUGUUACUUUGUAAACCUAUUACCAGUUUGGUGGCCGUCAAUAGCAGCGGUUUGACGGCUGGUGGAAGUGGCGGCCAGCAGUUAAAACUUAAAGAAAAAUUACACGUGCGAAAAUUGGAAUUGGUUGACAGACCUGAUACGGAUGAGGGCCGACAUAUGGUGGAGCUGUGCCCACGCGUGGGACCGCCUGUGCUUCUGGCGGCCGCGUCGUGUGCGGAAAAGCGCAACUGGAUGUGUGACCUUGUCAUGCUUAACACCAAGCCCAUGCUGGACCGUAGUUUAGACAGUAUACUAUUAGACCUGGAACGACGGCAUCCUUUAAAGCUACCACCGGUCCAUUUGUAUCGAUUUGCCGUUCCCGACUCGCCUGACAAUAUCGUGCUGGAGGAACGAGCGUCACCUAACACUUCACCAGUGCCUCUAAUUAAGGGUGCCACACUUCUGAAACUAGUGGAAAGGCUUACGUAUCAUAUCUACGCGGACUUGAAUCUGGUGCGAACAUUCCUGACAACAUACCGUUCAUUUUGCUCCCCGAGUGAGCUGUUAGACUUGUUGAUUGAGCGGUUCCGCAUUCCAGAGCCUAGUGAAGUGUAUGAUGCACCAAGAACAGAUUGUGUGGAAAGUACGGCGAGCAGUGAUGCCGAAAAAUUAAGUAAAAACACAGCAAGAGAGGAUUGGAAGAGAUACAGAAAGGAGUUUCAGCAGCCAGUGAAGUUUAGAGUUAUCAACGUGUUACGACACUGGGUGGACCAGCAUUUCUACGAUUUUGAACGCGAGCCGACGCUAUUAGAAAAACUUCGUGAGUUUUUGGAGUCCGUCGACGGAAAACCCAUGAAGAAGUGGGUGCAAAGUGUCCUCAAGACUGUACAGAGAAAGAGCGGAGGGAGCGCGGAGCUGGAGUGCGGCGGCGGCGUGUCGCACGUGUUCGACCGCGCGCCUCCCGCCGUGCUGCGCCACGUGGCGGAGCCCGAGCGCCACGCAUGGCACCCGCUUGCGCUGCAUCCGCUCGAGCUGGCGCGCCAGCUCACGCUGCUCGAGUUCCAGCUCUACCGGCAGGUGAAACCAUCAGAGCUUGUGGGUGCAGUAUGGACCAAAAAAGACAAGGAUAAAACCAGUCCAAACCUGCUUAGGAUAAUAAAACACACCACAAAUUUUACCAGAUGGAUGGAGAAGUGGAUAGUGGAGAGUGAAAACCUGGAGGAGAGAGCUGCAGUAGUUUGCAGAUUUCUAGAGUUAGCCAUUGCGUUACGUGACCUGAAUAAUUUUAAUGGUGUGUUGGCGGUGGCUGCGGCUUGCGGCAGCGCUUCUGUACAUCGGUUACGAGCAACUUUUCAGAUGGUUCCACUUAGGCUAAUACGCGCUUUGGAAGAGUUCCGUGAGCUAAACUCUGACCAUUUCCGGCGGUACCAAGAGCGGUUACGGAGUAUAAACCCACCCUGCGUGCCCUUCUUCGGCAUGUACCUGACAAACAUUCUGCACAUCGAAGAGGGCAAUCUUGAUUUCCUUCCAAAUUCGGAAUUGAUAAAUUUCUCUAAGCGGCGAAAAGUGGCGGAGAUAACGGGCGAGAUUCAACAGUACCAAAAUCAACCUUACUGCCUUACAGUAGAACCUAGAACGAGGGCGUUUUUAGAAUCGCUAGAGCCCUUUCCGGGAAUGGACGACAAUGAAGUUACAAACUACCUUUAUGCUAAGAGUCUGGAGAUUGAACCACGGCCGCCAGUGAAACAAAUGCCUAAAUUUCCGCGCAAGUACCCUGAACUGUCUCUGAAGCCAGUGAAAGUGUCGCGGCGCUCGCACGAUGCUCAUCACUCUGCUUCAAGCGCAUCCAGUACCGAUGAUAAUCUUAGCGUGUCGCAGCUGUCGCCGACGGGUGGCGGCGCGUGGGACGGAACGUCCGUGGCGUCGCUGCAGCUGCACCAUGACGACAAAGGAUCUCGUAGUGAAGAAAGAGGCUCCUUGACUAGUCCGCGCCUGGAAAGAUGUUCAAGCAGCUCCUUAGGACAACUUGGACAAUUGAGUCUCUUCGACAAAGGCCUUGCGCUGUUCGAUAAGAGCAAAUCCACCGUUGUGCUAAAUGCAAGGAGUAGUGGACGCGAUGAACCACCUUCACCACGCGACAAUCAUUCACCAAGGCAUGACCGGAGUAACUCGUCAACGCUGACUCGUCGUACACCUGCGCUGUCCCCGCGCAGUGCCAUAGUAGACGCCGAGGUGUUCUACUCCAGGAGUGCGGAACAUCUCGGCUGCCGGCGACAGGAACAGAGAAUUCAGGUUUUAAAUGUUGAUUACACAUGGACCCACGCAGACUGUACAUCUUUUAUUAACAAAUAUAGAGAAAAUUUUAUUUGUGCCAGGAGCGUGUGCCGCCACUGCUACCACGCGGCGGUGGCAGCGCGGCGGGCGCAGAGCCCGACAAGCCGCCGCUGUUGCCGCGCCGCGCCGCAUCGCCGCCCGCGCACAGCGGUAAUACCUGAAUUAGAAGACACAGCAACGGUUACACCUACUGUAUAUGAUUCAAGUUCCUCUAAUAUUUCUAUACAACCAUCAUCAGCGCCCGUGCGCUUCCGUAAAAGGAAUAUACGUUGCUUAGAAAAUAUAAUGGAUAAAGUGAAAUCCGUCACUGACAGAAUCAAUCAGCCUACAGGUUCAACAUCAGAGGAAACUGAAUUCGAUAUUUAUGCAAAAACAAACUGCGAACCGCCGCCAGAGCCGCCCGACAGACCGUUGCCAAGCCCCAAACAUCAUGACCUGUUCAGGACGCCAGCCAUGUCGCCGAAGCGUUCGCCAGCCCCCGCGCCUCCCAUAAGUCCGCUGACGCAGUGCAACAACCCUGAACAGAGAACUGCGGCUUUCAACUUUCCAUCGGCGGUGUCCCCGUCUACAUCACACCAUUCGACGGAGGGGUGUAGCACUUCUCCCCCGUUGCCGCCGCCGCUGCCGCCGCGCCGGCGCCGGGACUCCGCGGCGCCGCCCACCCCGCUGCACCAGACGUCGUGGAGCGAGUCCGGCAACAUAAGCAGCGGCGGGUCUCCCGCGGGUGCUGCUGUCGCAACUGUAGCCACCGCAGCAGCAGGGGCGCCGCCUCCGCUGCCGCCGCGGCCCGCGCCUGCGCCUGCGCCCGCGCCCGAACUGCUGCGGCCCGCGCACUCCGCACUUCUGCAGCGCAGGCACCACACCGCCGCGUCAGUAUAUACGCACAUACACGUACACACGCACGCGCAUGCGCAAUACAUAAUACAUACAAACGAAUUUCAUUUCAUAUUGAUUGCCUAG